GAACUGUCCCCUGCUGAUAUGAGGAUCGCUGCUGCUGGGGCACAGCAUGCUCAAGAGGCAGAGCCCCGGCGCUCCCGAGCGCAGCAGGGACCCCGCAGCCCAUGGAGCAGCUCUGCCCAUGUCUCACAAUGACUCACGCUCUUUCUUCAACCUCUCCCAGCUGGUGCUCUCUGCUGGCCAAAUCAAACCAUCAGCAGCGCUCAAACAUUCAAAAAUCACCUACUUCGAAGUAGAGAUUGUUGAUGUGCAAAGCAAGAAGCAGAUCUGCAUUGUGGACAAGGUACCUCCAGCAUCUACCGUUCUUGAUGUGAAACACAAAUUUCACAAAGCAUGUCCCCAGUGGUACCCAUCCCGUGUUGGCCUGCAACUGGAAUGCAACGGGCCCUUUUUGAAGGAUUCCAUCAGCAUCCAAAGCCUUGCUGUCUCCUCCAUCAUUACACUGUAUUUCACAGACCUGGGUCAGCAGGUUGGUUGGACCACAUUUUUUCUAACAGAAUACACCGGGCCUCUUCUCAUAUAUCUGCUUUUCUACAUUCGCCUCUCGACUAUUUAUGAUCAAGUGGAAAGCAGGAAGAACUUCCGCCACCCAGUGGUUCACUUGGCCUGCUUCUGUCACUGUUUACACUACAUCAGACAUCUUCUGGAGACAUUAUUUGUUCACAAGUUUUCGGAAGGGCACACUCCUCUGAAAAAUAUGAUAAAGGGCUGUGCCUUUUACUGGGGAUUCACAUCCUGGAUUGCAUACUACAUCAACCACCCACGGUACACGCCGCCAUCAUUUGGCCACAAACAAGUUUCUUACGCUGCUCUUGCUUUUCUGAUGUGUGAAGCUGGAAAUCACUUUAUCAACGUAGCUUUAGCUCACCAAACCAAUUCAGGAAAUAGAACCUGUUUUCCAAGUCCAACCUACAACCCCUUCACGUGGCUCUUCCUGCUGGUAUCCUGUCCCAACUAUACAUAUGAGGCUGGGUCUUGGAUUAGUUUCACGGUGAUGACACAAACUCUGCCAGUUGGCAUCUUUGCUUUCCUGAUGGUCAUCCAGAUGUCUCUGUGGGCCCAGAAGAAACACAAGCUCUAUCUGAAGAGAUUUUAUCCAGAAGUGAGAAGAAAAGCAGCUAUGAUCCCCAUCAUCUUCUGAGAUUGUCACCAGAGUUGGAGCCUAAGUGUACACUUCAAGAGCCAGCUCAGACUGAAUGAGCCAUUUCAUUCAGGAACUAAGUGGAUCACAGGAAAAACUAUUGGAUAUCUUUUUCAGGAAGUUAACAGUUCAAGAUGAAGAGGUUUUAAUUAAAUGCAAAAAUUUAGCUCUUGUAUUCUUGGUUCCUGCUAAAAGAUAUGAUUUAAUUAGAUUUUCUGUAAUGGAGCUAAUUGA